ACGAAAAUUAUUAAUGAAAUCGUUAUGUUGUAAGUAUACGCGUUGGUAAGGAACACUCCCGUUUUCAACUCAGUUUACAAACUAUACAAUAUGUGAGAAAUAUACUACAGUGAAAGGUCUGGCACCAUCUUGUUCUUUUAAAUGGCAGGUUGCUUAUACAGGUUAAGAGAUGUUAUUAAUUAUUUAAUAAAGUGUGAUAUCCGCCCUACCUGGCAUAACGUGAUUGUUAUAAUUUGACAGAAAAAAUUUAACUGCACAAACACAGACCACCCCCUCAAAAGUUCCUGGAACAAGAUUCAAACUGAUUUUAAAUUGAAGGAAAAGUUGUAUUAUAUUGUGGGUCGUUGAGAUACUGUAAGUUAAACAGGCCUAAAGUAGCUGCACAAGAGUUGGCAUGGAAGUCUUACCAUGUGAGGAGGUGGAGCGUGUUACUGGUUCCAAAAUACAUUUGCAGCAAGGUGGUUACAGUCAACAGUCUGAGUAUUACAAAACCACCAUCUCUACAUAUUACGGCUUCUCGGACGACUCCAGUGAUGAGGAUGACUACAAAGCGCCACUGGCAGUUACAAGUGGAGAAAGCUCAAUGUGCUGUGUUUGUGGAGACAGCAUCCCCUUUCUGGGUAACAUGAUAGAGCACUUCAAGACGCACACAGCCGAGGUGCAUUGUCACCUGUGUCGAGCAAAGUUUGGACGCGUAAUGUCGCUGGCGUUACACUUAAAAAAUGCCCACCCAAAGCACAGUCUCUUGUGUGAAAUCUGCGGAGCUGUCUUUAGUUGCACGUGGCAUCUAAACGGACAUUUGGGAAAGCAUCGGAAAGCUGCAAUGGAGUUAAAAACUGUGGUUAAAAUGGAAGAGAAAGAAGAAAUUAGCAUCAAAGAGACCAUAAGCUGCAUUGAUUUGAGAAGAACAAUCUUGAGAGAUCAUUCAUAUUGUAUCUCAGCACAAGCAGCUAAGAAUGACACUUCCAGAGACGUCCAGAAACGCAUUGACAAUGAUAUAAACUGCACAAAUCAAGCCCCACACAUCAAAACGGAAACCGAAAGUUUGCCUAUUAUUAAAGAUGAACAAAUUGAUGCCUUCAGCUUUUCCUCAUUCCCUUCGAGCCAAUCAGAGCCACAGCAUCUUCGCUUUGGACUCAAGGAAGAGAAUGAUCAUGAGGAUGGGCUUGGAGAAACUGUAGCUUACGUGGUGGCUGCAGAGGAGGAAAUUAGGCUGGCAGAGGAUGGAGAAAGUACUGACAGUGAUGGUGACGCAAACCCUGAUUCACUACCCCCUGGUGACACGGCGUACAACCCGGACGAGGACCUCAGCUCAGAGUCUGACGACAGCGACUCAAACUGCAUCUCCAACAGGCGUCACCAAAAGAUAAAGAAAGGUAAGCAACAGACACCCAACAGGAAAAGACCUGCAAGUACAAAUCUAGGGACAAUCAACAUUGCAGAGAAAUUUGGGUUUCAGUCUGAUUCUCCCUUUUGUUGCUAUGGCAAAUUCGCUAAUAUGGAGAAACACAUGGAUGAUUGCAGGAAUAAGGUGAUGUUCGCGUGUUGCCUGUGCAAUGUGGUAUGUGCGAAUGAAGAGUUGCUGCUGAAGCACACAAUCGAAAAACACCCAGCAGCUGGGUAUAUCUGUGCGUACUGCCACAAAGUUUUCCCUAGACAGGAACAUUUCAAAAGUCACAUCUGUGGGAAGAGAUCUACAGGAGAAAUUAACUUGCCAGCCUCCUCUGUAUCCCAUUUACCCACCGUGCCUUUAUCUGAUAGCAGUGGUCAGGGAAGACCUUUCCCCCCUACUUUGAACGCCAAUCAGAAUACCAUUAAAAUUAUCAAAAUAACUCAGACAGUGAACAAAGCUUCAACGGCACCUGAUCCUCCACCUGCGGUGGCCACUUUGGGAUCAUCUGAAGUUCUGACGCUGCACCACCUGCUUCAGACAACUCCUCUUGGCACUGCUAAGGUGACUGAUUUGGUUCCUCAAGUUGUGGCUAUGCCGCAAACUCUUGUCAGGCCCAAUUUUCUUCCAAGUUCUUAUGUCGCUUGCCCGAAAGUUCCCGUCCAUACACCUUCAGUAGUGCGUCCCUUGCUGUCAAAUCCUGCCAGGAUGACUCUUCGUAUCCCUACCUCUUCCAAUCCACCUCUUCUAACUCCAGUCAUCGUGUCCUUCUCACCCACUGUGAACGUCUCUGCACCCACUCUUGUAUCAGCCAACAAGCCUGUUCUGAGACAAACAUCAGUGGCUAAUAUUAGACCUCUACCUGCAAAUAUCCUGCCGAUGUCCUCAGUUACCUUUCCCACCCUGGUGAGUGCUCUUACCGGGAACAACCAUCCUCAGGUUCCUCCUGCCCAGGUUCAGGCUCCGUUACAAAUAGUGGCCAUGUACAUGAACCACAGCAGGGAUUUGGCUCUUCAUAAGCAAUGUGAGCAGAGCUGGCGCUCCAAGACCAUCUUCUCCUGCCGCCACUGCGGUGCCGUCUCGAGACAACCAUCGCUAAGCGUGCGUCAUCGCUACUUACACCGUGGAUCAAGGUUGUACAGAUGUCAGUGUGGAAGGUCGUUCCAGCAACAGCUGCAUUUGCUGAGGCACCAGGUCCAGCAUGCGGAGUCGGUCCGAUUUGUUUGUGCACGGUGUGGAAAUACGUUCGAAGGGGCGCAUAAAUUGACCUGGCACAAACGGAAGCAUAAAAAAGGCAGGCGGUGUGCAAAAAAGAAAUGCAAGGUGGCUUUUGACUGUAGCUGUGGACAGAUGUUUGCAAGGCCGUCUGCAUUGUUGUGGCAUAUGCUUAAAAACUCCAAACUUCCCAAACGCACAAGAAAAAACUCAAUCUGUCUCUCUCUGAAUAGUUUGAGUAAAUGAGACACAAGAAAGACUAAAAACUGUUCUUUGUACAAUGUUUGUAUUAUGUUAUCAAUGGUGGUGGACCUGAUCCUUUUUUGUACACUGAAGACUUUGAAGGCCAAAUCCAUAAUAUGGUAAAUGGUGACAAUUUAUAGGGUUAGUUCACCCAAAAAUGAAAUUUCUGUCAUUAAUUACUCACCCUCAUGUCGUUCCACACCCGCAAGACCUUCGUUCAUCUUCGUAACACAAUUUAAUAUAUU